UUGAAGCGCGCAGAUCACAACAUAGCAAAGCACUAACCCGAGCAGCCAUGGAGCUUCCUCUAUCACACCGACUUCGAUCGCUCAGAUUACCCUUCUCUCCCAUUCAACAACCUCUUCAUCAUCAAAUACCCACCACUUCCAGAUUCAACUUCAAUCUCACUCGUCCUUUCUCCAACACUAAACUCACCGUAUCCGCCCUGAGGAAGCCUCCAAUCGAAGGCUUGAGCGACGACUUAAAUGCCAUAGCUAGGCGCAACCUCGACUUCGCUUACACUCGCAGGCACGUUCGUGAAGCUUUCAAGGGACUGCAACAAGGGCUGGAUCAUUGCUUAUUCAAGACGGCUCCUGCUGGGAUCAUAACUGACGAAUGGUACGAAAGGAAUUCCAGGGGUUUGGAAAUUUUCUGCAAAACUUGGAUGCCAAAACCAGGCGUUCCAAUCAAAGCAGCUGUGUGUUUCUGCCAUGGGUAUGGUGAUACUUGCACAUACUUCUUUGAAGGUAUUGCCAGGCGGAUUGCUGGAUCCGGGUAUGCUGUUUAUGCUAUGGACUAUCCUGGCUUUGGUCUUUCUGAAGGACUACAUGGUUACAUACCGAAUUUUGAUUAUUUAGUUGACGAUGUUAUCGAACACUAUAGAAAAAUCAAAGCUAGACCUGAGCUAAGAGGGUUGCCUCGAUUUAUAUUGGGCCAGUCAAUGGGGGGAGCUGUUACUCUCAAAGUUCAUUUGAAGGAACCAAAUAAUUGGGAUGGUGUUCUCCUUGUUGCACCCAUGUGUAAAGUUGCGGACGACUUAUUACCAUCAGAUGCAGUUUUGAAGGUAUUAACUUUUCUGUCUAAAGUGAUACCAAAAGCAAAACUCUUCCCACAGCAAGAUUUAGCAGAGCUGGCCUUCAGAGAACCGAGCAAAAGAAAAUUGGCUGUGUACAAUGUUAUUUGUUAUGAAGAUCAGAUGCGUCUUAGAACUGGCAUGGAACUUUUAAAGGCCACACAAGAUAUUGAGUCACAAGUCGAGAAGGUAUCAGCCCCGUUAUUAGUUCUUCACGGAGCAGACGACAAGGUGACAGAUCCUAAAGUGAGUCGAUUUCUUUAUGAGAAAGCAUCCAGCAAGGACAAGACGCUAAAAAUCUAUGAAGGUGGUUAUCACUGCAUUUUGGAAGGUGAACCAGAUGACAGAAUUUUUGCUGUCCAUGAUGACAUUAUUUCAUGGCUUGACACAAGGUGUGCUAUAAAAAGGGAGGUUCAUGUUUCAUACCGCUGAGCAAAUUAUUAUUUCUAGUCAUUUGUGGGUGGUUCAGCUUCCAUCUUCAAUAGUAUCAUCGAAUAAAUACGCCACUUGUGAUUUCCUGCAUGGUGUUGCCUUCUGUCAUCGUUGCCUGCCUUCCUAUUUUCUGUCAUCCUUCAAGCCAUGCUUUCAUAGAUUUUCACUUCUUAAAUGCCCUCCUGAGUCCUCACAACACCCUAAUAAAUGGAGUGGGAAAGUCAUUGCUGAUUCCAUCUCUAUAUAGUUUGAGGUUUUAAGCUAAGCUAUUGUGUUCUUUUAUGGGACAUUGUAUGCUUGUCAGAUGUAAUGUAGUUUUACAUGUUGGUUCCAUGCAUUGUAUUAGGUAUAAGUCGUAUAUAUACUAUUUAAGCUUAUGAAUGGCGCGGUUUGUACAUAUUGUUAUUGAACGGAUUAGCUUAUAACAUGCUUGCUAACACUUUUCCUCCUCUCAUGUACAUGGCUUUUUCUUCAAAUGACAAAACUAUAUCUUUA